GAUGCAUUAUCGAAAGAACCGGGAAAGGUGGAAAACGAACCUAAACCUGACGAAUUAGCUGCGGUUAAAGAGGAAACUGGUGAUAAAAAGACUCCAAGUGAACAAGAAGCUUUGGAAAGAGUUGAAGAAAUACCAGCAAAAGAAGAAUUGCAAACAUCGAUGGAUUUAGUAAGUGAUGAAACACCGGUAUCAGCUGAAGCUCAACCGGAAGGAAAGGCACCCGAAAAUCAACCGCAAACAGUUUAUGAGGAACCACCAUUGGAAACGGAUGGAAGUCCAGUGAAACAUGAAGAGGAUGCAUUAUCGAAAGAACCGGGAAAGGUGGAAAACGAACCUAAACCUGACGAAUUAGCUGCAGUUGAAGAGGAAACUGGUGAUAAAAAGUUUCCAAGUGAACAAGAAGCUUUGGAAAGAGUUGAAGAAAUGCCAGCACAAGGAGAAUUGCAAACAUCGAAGAUUGAUUCAUCGAUGGAUUCAGUAAGUGAUGAAAUACCGGUAUCAACUGAAGCUCAGUUGGAAGAAAAGGCACCCGAAGAUCAACCGCAAACAGUUUAUGAGGAACCACCAUUGGAAACGGAUGGAAGUCCAGUGAAACAUGAAGAAGAUGCAUUAUCGAAAGAACCGGGAAAGGUGGAAAACGAACCUAAACCUGACGAAUUAGCUGCGGUUAAAGAGGAAACUGGUGAUAAAAAGACUCCAAGUGAACAAGAAGCUUUGGAAAGAGUUGAAGAAAUACCAGCACAAGGAGAAUUGCAAACAUCGAUGGAUUUAGUAAGUGAUGAAACACCGGUAUCAGCUGAAGCUCAACCGGAAGAAAAGGCACCCGAAGAUCAACCGCAAACAGUUUAUGAGGAACCACCAUUGGAAACGGAUGGAAGUCCAGUGAAACAUGAAGAGGAUGCAUUAUCGAAAGAACUAGGAAAAGUGGAAAACGAACCUAAGCCCGACGAAUUAGCUGCAGUUCAAGAGGAAACUGGUGAUAAAAAGAUUCCAAGUGAACAAGAAGCUUUGGAGAGAGUUGAAGAAAUACCAGCACAUGGAGAAUUUCAAACAUCGAAGAUUAAAGAGGAAAUUGACGAUAAUGUGAAGAUGUCAAGUGAGGAAGAAGCUUCAGGGAGACUUGAAGUGAGACAGAAUAGAGAUAAACAGAAAGAAUCGCUAGUGGAAAGUGGUCCACAGGAAGUCGGAAGUGUGUCCACAAAGGAGUAUGAAUGGCCUACAGAGCAUGAGUCUAAGCAUGAGUUGUUAACAGCUUCAGCAGUAGAGUCCGGGCAAAGUGAAGAACAAGAGCCUUCGAAGGCUAGUAUUAUCAUGCCGUCAACUGCGUUACCAGAGCAAGAAAUGAAACCUGAAAUGUGUGCUAAAGAUGAACUUAGUAUAGAGCAAGAACUGUUCGAACAAAUGAAGCAUGAAAACGAAUUGCCGAAAGAAUUGGCUGAAAAUGUUAUCGCUGACGAAGAAGCAUCCUUCCUAGAACAGUCAAAUAAUGAACAAUUCGGAACGAAGAUGUCAGUGGGAAGUGUUGAGAAAGAAUUUCAAGAAAAAGAAAAUAUCAUGCCUCCUGAGGGGCCUGAUGAAACAGUUGAUAGAAAACUUGUUGAAUCAUCAGCACAGCAUUCCUCAGAGCGGAUUGAGGAGGUUAUCGAAACAUCGAAACAAGAAGAAUCAUCAAAAGAAAUGGAACAGCUGAGUGAAGCUGAAGGAAUUGGUGAAGGAGUGGUUGCAGACAAACAAAAUGGCGAAAUGAAGCAAUCUGCCGAUAAACAAAAACAGAACGAAGAGGUGAAUGGAAAACUGACAGAUUCCAAAGUCAGUGAAGAUUUUGAAAAGCCGUCUGAACAGGAGCAACAAGUGGUAAGUGAUGAGUCAAAAUCAGCAAAACAAUCUAGUGGUGAGAUCGAAAUCAGUGCAUCAAUGGAGGACAACAAUGAUAAUUCAAAGGUGAUUCCGCCACCGAUCAUUCUUGCAUCGUGUCCAUGUGAUGGACCACAUAAAAAUGGACAACAUACACAUGCGCCAACAACGCAUAAAACCACCGAAGUGAUCACAGUUGGUGAUGUUCCGACAGAAGAAAAAGUGGUCGUCGACAAAAAUGUUAUAACAUUAGACUCAGCCGUAUCACCGGAACAAUUUGCGGCGAAUGUGGCGAAAUUGGCCGAGGAACAUCCAGAACUGAUGAAGAGUGCAAAUCUUGAACAACUUGGCGAAGGAGUGACCGGAAAGCUGACCGUAACGACAUAUACAACAACGACCACAGCACCACAAGAAGCAGUAAAAGUAGCGAAGCGUGAUCCAGUAGUACUGCCAGUUGAACGUGAGCAGCGUGCUGAAAUGUUACGUCAGAAACGAGAACGCGUCUAUAAGUUGUUACCGCGUGAUAUUGAAUUUUGUACACGUAUGAUCGAAACCUAUGGUGAUGAUUACGAGGCAAUGGUGAAUGAUGCUGCAAAUAUUUAUCGAGAUACUGCCAAAUCGAUUCAACGCAAAAUUCGUGUUUUCCGUAAAAGUCCUCAGUUUGAGGUCUAUUUAAAGUCGAAAAAUAAUUCGCCUCAAACGUCACCGAUACCAUCUUCGUGA